GUGGGCGGUUGCUGAGAGGGUGCGGGCGGGAGCUUCCUCAGGACUUUAUGAAAAUGGAAAAUUAUGAGGCAUGUGUAGGUUUUGAUCUCUGUGGGAUACCCCUCUCCAAUGUUGCUCAGAAGAUUAUGUCUGCUAUGCGUUCAGGGGCGUUAGUGGAUUCUGAGAACUGGGGAGAGAGUACAAAGACUUCAAAAAUGACAGACAAAUCCAGUGUCCAGUACUCAAUGCUCUCCGAAGAUGGGAAGAAUGAACCACUAGAAACAAAGAACCAUAACUCUUUAAUAAGCCAGACAUCGAGAGGAUCCAUUGAGCUCGCUCCUCAGUCCUCCAUUACUAAGCUCACGGGUCAGCUGGCUGCUGGUCAAGUACAGAAGAACAUUAGCUCUUUAACUCUUUCCAGUGGUAUAAUUCCCCCAUGUAAUCAGGAAGCUUCAAUUUUACAGAAAAUGAAAUAUAAGAGAAAGCAUUUCAUGAAGGAAAAUAUAAGUAAAGGAAGAAAGGAAAGCAUGAAUCUUAAAAGAAAGCAUAUUACAUAUAGUAAUUCAUUAGAGAAAACAAAUACACAUGUGGCACUGGAAGAUGAUACCAACGAGGCUGAGACCCAUCUGAACUCUGAGGACUCAGGAGCAUUUGGAAAACAGCUUUGUGAUAUUAGGUAUUUGGAUGAUUUGGCAAAAGUCCAGCUGAUGGAUGUUCUCAAGCAGGCUGCAGCCCUGGUAGUGACACUGAUGUACAAGGAUGGUUCCACGCAGCUCAGAGCCAACCAGGUUCUGACUUCCUCUGUUAAAGGGAUUGUGAUGUUGCUAAGGAGCCAUGUAGACAGCAGUCCUCUGAGCCCCCUCGUCUGUGGUGGUGCCCUGGGACAGGACUUGGCAGACCACUGUAUCUACAUACAAACAGAACAUUCCUUUCUCUGGGGCCAAAAACAAGAGGCACAUAGACUGUUUGCCAGGAACGUGCUUUUUCAGACACUCAGAUGUAAAUGCCCUGUUAUUUGUUUUAAUGCCAAGGACUUUGUGAGAACAGUGUUGAAGUUCUUUGGUAAGGAUGGCAGUUGGAAGCAUGUUGCUGGUUUUGUAGGGCUAGAUCCCAGAGUCGCUGCAUGGCUCAUAGAUCCCAGUGAUGCCGCACCCUCAUUUGAAGACCUGGUGACAAAAUACCUAGAAAAGUCCAUCACAGGCAAAGCAAGCAGCACAUGCGGUGCCUCCUCAGGAAGUUUUGUGAGUCAGAAUGUAUGUGUGAACCUGAAGACCCUCUACGACCUCACGAUGGACCUCUGUUCCAAGUUGAAGGCUUAUGGUUUAUGGCAACUAUUUCAUACUUUGGAGCUUCCUUUGAUACCAAUUUUGGCAGUGAUGGAAAACCACAAGAUCCAAGUGAACAAAGAAGAGACGGAGAGAACAUCAGCGCUUCUUGCGGCUCGUCUUAAGGAACUGGAGCAAGAAGCCCAUUUUGUUGCAGGAGAGCAGUUUCUUAUAACAAGCAAUAAUCAGCUUCGUGAGAUCCUCUUUGGCAAGUUGAAGCUGCACCUGUUGAGUCAGAGGAAGCAUCUUCCUAGAACUGGGCUGCAGAAGCAGCUGUCCACGUCAGAGGCCGUGUUACGCUCUCUACAAGACUUUCACCCAUUACCUAGGAUAAUUUUGGAAUACAGACAGGUUCACAAGAUCAAGUCGACCUUUGUAGAUGGAUUACUAGCUUGCAUGGAAAAGGGCUCUGUGUCCUGUACAUGGAAUCAGACUGGAACUGUGACCGGAAGACUUUCAGCCAAGCACCCCAAUAUCCAAGGUAUCUCCAAGCACCCAAUUCAGAUUUCUAAGCCUCAGAAUUUUAAAGGUAAAGAAGAAGAGACUGUCACGAUCUCCCCAAGAGCCCUGUUUGUUUCCUCCAAAGGCCACACCUUCCUGGCAGCAGACUUUUCACAGAUUGAAUUGCGCAUUCUUGCACAUUUAUCUGGAGAUCCAGAGCUUUUGAAGUUAUUCAAGGAAUCUGAGAGAGAUGAUGUAUUUUCUAUCCUGACUUCACAGUGGAAGGACAUCCCUGUGGAGCACGUGACGCACAUGGACAGAGAGCAGACCAAGAUGGUGGUAUACUCAGUGGUCUAUGGAGCAGGGAAGGAGCGGCUUGCUGCUUGCCUUGGAGUUACUGUUCUGGAAGCCACCCACUUUUUAGAGGGGUUUUUGCAGAAGUACAAGAAAAUCAAGGACUUUUCCCAGACAGUCAUUGCCCAGUGUCACCAUACAGGCUAUGUGACAUCCAUUGUGGGUAGAAGGAGGCCCCUGCCGAGGAUCUGCGCACAGGACCAACAGCUCCGGGCACAAGCAGAGCGUCAGGCAGUGAACUUUGUGGUACAAGGUUCUGCUGCAGACCUCUGUAAGCUGGCCAUGAUCCACAUCUUCGCUGCCAUAGCCAGUUCCUCCACCCUGACAGCCAGGUUAGUUGCCCAAAUUCAUGACGAGCUGCUGUUUGAAGUAGAAGAUGCGCAGAUCCCUGAGUUUGCAGCUCUCGUCAGGGGCAUCAUGGAGUCCUUGCAGCAGGUGCAGACCCUGGAACUGCAGUUGCAGGUACCCCUAAAAGUGAACUUGAGUGUUGGCCGCUCAUGGGGACACCUGGCCCCACUGCAGGAGGUCCUCGGCUCAGCCUGAGCCACACCAAAUCUCCCAGUCACAGCUGAGCCAGUGCUGGGACUGGGUCCCUCAACACCUACCCCCAGCAAGUACAUUUUUCAGUUUGUCUGUAACCCUGGGCAACAGGGGAGGCACUGAUUUCACCACCCUAACCCUAACCCACCAGCCCACUGUGUAGCCUUCCCCAAGGUCACCAGCCUGGCACUCUGAGUUGUCCCCUAGAGUAAAUGUCCUAUG